AUGUCGAACGACGACUCUCUUCCGGCAUUCACUUUGUUCGGUUUGGAUGAGGUCGAAAGUUACGGUCUGCUCAGUGAAGCAGACAAUUCGUUACCUAUGGACAUUCACAAUCAGGCUUUUCAACUUGUAGAGAAGGGAAACCAAUCAUUCAAAGAGUCUAACUUUGAAGAGGCGAUUAGCAGUUAUUCAAAAGCCAAUUCUAUAAAGCCUCUUAAUCCUAUUGUUCUAGGCAAUAGAAGUUCUGCUUAUAUAAGAUUUGGCCAAGAUCUGAAGCAGAGAUCUGCAAAAAUUUCUGAAGAGGAACCUCUGUAUGGAUUUGAUAUGUCGAUGCUUGGGGAACUUGCUCUUAAGGAUGCCGAGAAGCUAAUGAAUCUUCAGAGCAGUUCAGUGAAGUCAUACAUUAUAAAGGCUUGUGCCCUCAUGUUGCUAGAAAGAUAUGAGGUAGCACGUGAAACAAUACUCUCAGGUCUACAGAUUGAUCCCUUUAGCGAACCUCUGCGAUCCAAUCUCCAGGAAUUGGAGAAGGUUCUGCCUACUUCGAUGAGAAAGACGGCCCAUGUAAAGGCUGAGCGGUCUGAUGACUUUGAUUGCACUGUUUGCCUGAAAUUGCUGUAUGAGCCUCUUACAACUCCAUGCGGGCAUACAUUCUGCCGAUCAUGCCUCUUUCAGUCAAUGGAUCGCGGGAACAAAUGUCCACUAUGUCGAACUGUCAUUUUUAUGACUCCAAGAACAUGCGCUGUCAGUGUGACGCUGAAUAACAUCAUACAGAAAAACUUUCCAGAGGAGUAUGCUGAAAGGAAAUCUGAGCAAGACACUCUGGUCCACUUGGGCAAUGAAAGUAUGCCUCUUUUUGUCAUGGAUGUGAUCAUACCCAGUCAGAAGUUGUCUCUUCACAUAUUUGAACCACGAUAUCGACUAAUGGUGAGAAGAAUUAUGGAGGGAAAUCACCGGAUGGGAAUGGUAGCUCUUGAUUCUGCGACAGGUUCUCCAGUGGAUGUUGCUUGCGAAGUUGAAAUCACAGAGUGUGAUCCACUCCCGGAUGGACGAUUUGUCCUGGAGCUGGAAAGCCAUAGAAGGUGCCGCAUUGUAAAAGCUUGGGAUCAAGAUGGGUAUCGUGUUGCAGAGGUUGAAUGGGUGACAGAUAUACCACCACAAAGCGACCAAGAGAAAACAGAUCUGCAGGAACUGACGAGCAGUGCAGCAACAUUUGCUCGUUCAUGGCUAGACAGAGCAAAGGAAGCAGCUAGACAAGGAGACAGAAGAAGACUUGAAAUACUUCUAAAUGUUGAAUCUAUGAUACCUACACCUCAAGAUCCCGAACGCUUCAGUUUUUGGCUUGCUACAUUGACAGAUAGGAGACCUUCAGAAAGAUUGGAACUACUUCGGCUUCAAGAUACUGGAGAGAGAAUAAGGCGUGGGUUGAUAUAUCUUCGAUCAGUGGAACGAGGAUGCAGAAUGCAAUGA